AUGACAAUCGGGGUUCUUGAUGAAUCCAUGUGUGUAAUACGAGAGGACAUCUGCGAUUGGCUCCAGCGUUACGUUUUCAGUGAUGCUGAUGUUCUCCCUUUGAUUGAUCCCGCUGAUCUUUUAGAACGUCUUAAAUCUGGAAUCUGGCUAGCCCGACUUGCCUACAAAUUGCACUUUAAGGUCCUGGCUGAAAAUCUCCCCCAAUGUUCUCGCGGUGUUAAGGUGACUUCUAAAGAGCACAAGCUCUAUGCAAGUCUUCGAGGCACUGGUCCCAGUAGUGCUCUAGGUCAGUUAACUUCAAAGAAUCUUCCAGAAUUCUCCACAGCCCUAAUACGAGCAGCCAGGUCAUGUCUAUCAGAAAGUGACACUGCAACUGGGGGCUUCGCUCCACCACCAACUAUUCAGACCCCAUCUCCGGCUAACAGCACAGUUCCUUCGGAGAGCGGCGUUGUUUUGAGGAAUCGGUGGACCGCUAGGGGCAAUAUAUCUGAAUUUCUGAAGUGGUGUCAUGAUCUAGGAAUAUCAGAAACAGUCCUUUUUGAAACCAACGGAUUAGUAUUCAGAACUGAAGAAAAAAAUGUGCUUCUAACCCUAAUGGAUCUAGCACGUUUGGCGAGUAGAUUUGGACUCUGUGAGUUGCCUGAGCUCGUCCGCAUGGAAAAAGAAAUCGAAGCUUUGGAGGCUGCAGCAGCUGCUUCUAAUGCAAACGCUACAACGCGAAAUCCCACCGCAACUGGUUCAAUGACUUCUUAUAACCCCAAAGUGGACAUUGGCGUCUACGUGGCCCGUUUAGCCGAUCGGAAAGCAAGUGAUUGCAGUCCCGAAAGGUCUUCAGUGUCCUCAGACGUAGAUGUGCCAUCCACUUCAUCUAGCAUUGGCUCGGGUGUGAGUUCUGAUCCGGUUGUACGCUACUGUUCUAGUGCUACCUUCACAACCACGAGAGUGAUUCUUACCGACUUGGAAGAUGAAGGGAAAUCAUCAGAGGCUCGAAAUAAAAUUGACUCAUCUACUGAUGUGAAUACGUCCGAUUCCGCUGCUGAUGCUUUUUGUCAGACCCUUACAAACAACCCCGAAAUGAUUUCCUCAUGUACAAAUGCAGAGAAUAAUCGUGACAAUAGUUCAUCUACCUCUGUUGAAACUGACAAAAAUGCGAAUGUUACUGAUGAUUCAGUGAUGGCUUCUCUGCCACCUCGAAAAAUUCAACAUGUGUCAACAUCCAAUAUAAAACCUCGUGCGGCUGCCUCGAAACUUCCUGUUCAUCAGAGUCGAGUUUCUGGGAAUAAGAGUGCCAGUAAUGGAAUUACUAAGGUGGAGGUUGCGAAACGUUCAACUUCCGCUGCUGAUCUCCGAGAACUGUCAAAAUCACGUGUCAAGAGACGCAACAUUAGACAGGAUAAGGGAGAUCUGGUUUCUAACGAAGAACAUUCUUUGAAGAAUCAAGACGUAUCUGUAUCGAUCAAGGCCAAAAUAACAACAGAUCAGAACACUCAAAUUUCUUCUAUGCAACUUCGAUCCCCGCUUGCUGAUCACAAUCAAAUGACUCAAAUUCCCAAACCCCUAUCGACCUCUUCAACUUCAUCCAAACAUUCGUCUUCGGGUUUCGUCAGCCACGCCUCCUCGUGCUCCGAUCUAGCUGCUGAAGUCCGAAAGCAGACAGCGCAAUGCACUUGCUGUAGUCGAAAUCGUCUUGUUCGACUCGAUGAGGGUCGUUAUCAAAUGGGCAACCGGAUCUACUACCUUCGUCGUUUUCGCUCUCAUGUAAUGGUUCGAGUAGGAGGUGGCUGGUUAACCCUGGCCCAGUUCCUAGAUCGAUACGAUCCAUGUCGUCAAAAGGACGGUGAAUUCCACACUCUCGCAUCCUCGCAUUCCAACUUAACCGGCAAUAUAAUUGAUCGCGGAAAUGUUGUGCGAAUAUCUGCCUCUAAAAUCCUGAAGGAAUGGCCUUCAACGGAUCUAGCAGUGAAGGAGAAUUGCUGUAGAUGA